CCGUCAGCUGUGCGGCCCAAACAUUGCGGCGAGGCGGGGCUACGAGGAGGACGCCGGGGAGGGCAGCGUGUGUGUGUGUGUGUGGCAAGGGAAGAGGAACACUGGACAAAGGCACAAAAAAGAGAUAAGAGAAGAGGCCAGAGGUGGACAGUACUCGACCACAGCGAUAAACCGUUACUCAGGAUGAUAAGGACAGCCAUUCUCACCUCAAGACAAAUUCUUGUGGGCGGGAGGAGCGUCGGGUGUGUGGGGAGCCGGGUGCAGAGAGGAUGCUGCCCCCUGCCUGCACCUCACCUCCUCAGGCUGCACAGGCUCAUCACAAACAGCAUCCAAGACCCAAGUCUGAGAAGAUUUCGCCUCUAUAAGCGAGUGUUUGCAGCCUCUCUGUUUGCUGGCACGCUGGUGUUUGCUUGGUACCUCAAGAAGCAGAAAGGGAUAAAGCUGAGAGCAAUUCUUGAAGACUUCACAAGACUUCCUAUUGAUGAGUCACUCUUUGGCACCCCGGUGUCAGUGUACAGAUACAAAGGAUAUAUAUUCCCUGGUCAACUGGUCAUGUCCGGUGUAUUCAAGGAAUUACCUGAUUUUCAAUUCCGACAAGAUGAUGUCCUGGUUGCCAGCUACCCCAAAGCAGGCACUACGUGGGUCCAGGAAAUAGUCCACAUGCUGACUCACGGCUGCAAGAAGACAAAUGAGAAUUCAGAAGUUUUGGAAACAAGAUUCCCUUAUCUUGAAUAUCCCUAUCCAGGAAUUAAGUCACUUGCCACGAGGAAGGAAAAGAGGUUUAUCAAAACUCAUUUGCCCAUUGGUCUCCUUCCUUCCUCCUUUGAAAGCAGCAAUGCCAAGUUAAUCUACAUUGCAAGGAACCCCCGAGACACUGCAAUAUCCUACUUCUACUUCAUGCAGCUACUUACACAGAGCAGCUUUCAGGGCCCUCUCUCAAGCUUCGUCGAUAUGUUCCUCUCAGAUAAAGUGAUGUACAGUCCAUACUUUGGCCAUGUGCUUGGGUACUGGCAGUCCCGACAAAGCCCCAACAUUCUCUUUGUGACCUACGAGGAGCUGCAUCAAGACCCGCCAAAGGUCAUCAGGAAAAUGGCAGAGUUUCUUGGUAUUGAUGUCAGUGAUGCUGAAGUGAAUUAUGUAGCAGAAUGCACAUCUUUUAAUCACAUGGCAUCAAACCCAAGUGUUAAUUAUGAGCACUGGAAAGAUUACGGAUUUGCUUUUAAAGAUAAGGGAAAAUUUUUCCGCAAAGGUAAAGUUGGAGACUGGCAGAGACACCUGAGCCAGAGCCAGGUGGCAGCCUUUGAGGAGUGGGAGAAAAAACACUUAGAAGGUUCAGAUUUGAGGUUUAGCUACACUUUGCCUCCUCAAGGGGAUGCAGAGUAGAGGCACAUGUAGUAAGUAGUAACAAAGUAUUGUGAUGAAAAUGUACAAUAAAUAUUUUUUUCUACAUUUCCAGUUUGAAAAGUAAUGCCUCAGCCAGAAUUUUACAUUGCCAUAGAUGAUUCAGGUCUUGGAAUACUCAUGAAUUGAAAUAACAACAUCCAGGAAAAAAAAUAGUGCCUUCUUAAUUCAGUUAGGGUGAAUUUACCGCUAAUUUUUGCACACCAUUCCAGUGCUCAAAACAGGAAAAAUAAAUAAAUAAAUACCCUGGAGAAAAUUUGGGACAUCCACAAUAUUGUUAAUUGAAAAAAAUGUUGGUCCAGUAGGCAGACAGUAUUUUUUCUGACCUGUAUCCUAAGUUUUCAUGUCCCAGGGAAGGCUGUGCAUCACUGUGCUAUGGUGACCUGAUUUCUGUGAGACAAACCAGAGCACAGGGACGUUGUGAUCAUGAAGGCACCUUUCAUGGCAAGUGUCAAAACCAAGAGAUAAAAAUAAUAGUGGACCAUGUCUGUCAUAUUGGUUGGGUAACUGACUCAACUGUAUUUUUCAGUGCUCAUCUUGACAACUGAAAUAACUCAAAUAGAAGCUCUUACCUGCCUUCAGUCCUCCUCUGUUUCUCAUGUAAUCUGUUGUGUUUGGAUCAAGGAGGGAGAUAAAAGAUAGCAUUUGUGAUUAUCAUAAAAACAGUAUAUUAGUAAUUAUUUAUCAAGUGACAUACAAUGCUUGAGACUCUGCUACAGUAAUGCCUAAUAAAACUCACUCAUACAAGUGAAUGGUAAAUUAAUAUACAAGGUAAUAUAUAUACAGUAAUAGGUCCCUCGAUGUGUGACAUGGAAUUUGAAAUACAGAGGCACUAGAGAUGUUCUCCCAUGAAGUUAAUAUUUUCCACAGUUGCCUUUGCAUGAAAACCUUUGCACCUCUGACACAGUUGCCAAAUUUGAAGAUUAAAUUAUAUAUUUUAAGUUGUCAUUCCCUUCCAACAGAGCAACACAGUCUGUCCUCUCAUGUACUAUAAAGCUAAAUGGUCAUCUGGUUAUCCUAUUCCAUUGCAUUAGUACAAGGGAAAUCUUGCAUGUCAUGAUUAUGCAGAUUAAAGAUAUAACACUUUGCAUUAGUAAGGUCUAGUCAUUCAACCAUUUUUAAAAUGAGUUCAUAUUGAAGUAAAUAUAUUUACUUUGAUCUGAUCCUAAAAUAUGAGUUUACAUUAAGACAGAAUGGGAGCCUGUGGCAUUCGCUGACCUAGCAAAAGCCUGUAAAACAAAGUUACUCAGCCAAACUGAAAAAAGUUUGGUGUCUUUGGCAGUUAGAAAAUUUAUUUGUAAUUAAAAAUAAUUUUGUCCUAUAAGCACAAAGUCACACCUAAUAUAUGUGAAUGCUAUUUUUCCUCAUUCCAGUAGGCAGUCUUACCUCUUCUCCCUUCUCCCUGUAGCUCCUUGCACCUCAAGUUUUUUGUUUUCCCCAUAUCAGAAACAUGAAUAACCUCCGCUCCUGCUGAGACUGUAUUGUGGAGAGACUCACUCAUCCAAUGCCUAUCUUUUUACUGAGAGCUGAACAUAAGAGUGCAGAGGCUUUAUUAAAAUGCAUGGGAUAGUUUUUACUAAUAAUCUUAUUUACCAAAGUCAAUGAAGGAACACUCCAGCAAUGUUAGACAUGCUAUAAUUAUGGAAUAAGGACAACCUUGUUAAAUCAAAGGCUCUAUCUAAUAUCUAAAGUAAACUAAAAGACACCCCAACAAAUGGACAAUAUUCCAACAAACAAAAUUACACACGAGCAUCAAAUUACUUUUAUAGUAGUAUACUUUUAGUAAAGGAUAAUACAACUUUUCUUCAGUAUCUAAUUAAUGAAAAAUAUGAUGGAAGACACACACACA